ACGCCCACUCAGGAUAUCUCCGCCCCUCACUCACCUCAUUCGCUGCCUGUCUGUUUCUCCUUUGCAGUGAUUGGCAGAGAUGCCUCCACCUGUCGGACCUCCAGCCGUCCCGCCUCCAGACGGGGGGUGGGGCUGGGCUGUGGUGGGCGGGGCCUUCAUCUCCAUCGGCUUCUCCUACGCCUUCCCCAAAGCCACCACUGUGUUCUUUAAGGACAUCCAGAGGAUCUUCAACGCCUCCUACAGUCAGGUGGCCUGGAUCUCCUCCAUCAUGCUGGCCGUCAUGUACGCCGGAGGCCCCAUCAGCAGUAUUCUGGUCAACACAUACGGCUGUCGGCCCAUCAUGAUCCUGGGUGGUGUCCUGUGUGCCAUCGGGAUGAUCAGCGCCUCCUUCUGCAAUAAUGUGUUGGAGCUCUACAUCUGCAUCGGCGUCAUCGGCGGUCUCGGUCUGGCCUUUAACCUGCAGCCAGCGCUGACGAUGAUCGGCAGGUAUUUCUACAAGAAGCGUCCGAUCGCUAAUGGCUUCGCCAUGGCAGGCAGCCCGGUGUUCCUGAGCACGCUAGCACCGCUAAACCAGUACCUGAUCAAUGAGUAUGGCUGGCGGGGCAGCUUCCUGAUCCUGGGCGGGCUGCUAUUAAACUGCUGUGUGGCCGGGUCCCUCAUGCGCCCCCUAGUGGCUCCAGCCGGCUCCGCAGCACCCCCUGCAGUGCUGGAGGAGAAACACACCGAGAAGGAGAAGCGCACGGCCUGGCAGACGGUCAACAAAUACCUGGACCUGUCGCUGUUUAAGCACCGCGGCUUCCUCAUCUACCUGUCCGGGAACGUCAUCAUGUUCCUGGGCUUCUUCGCCCCCAUCGUCUUCCUCUCGCCGUACGCCAAAGACAACGGUGUGGACGAGUACCAGGCAGCGUUCCUGCUCUCCAUCCUGGCGUUCGUGGACAUGUUUGCACGUCCGUCCAUGGGCCUGCUAGCGAACUCGCGCUGGGUGCGUCCGCGGAUCCAGUACUUCUUCAGCUUCGCUGUGCUGUACAACGGCGUGUGCCACCUGCUGUGCCCGCUGGCUGAGAGCUACACGGGUAUGGUGGUGUACGCUGUGUUCUUCGGCUUCGCCUUCGGGAUGGUGAGUGCAGUGCUGUUCGAGACACUGAUGGACCUGGUAGGAGCGCAGCGGUUCUCCAGCGCCGUCGGACUCACCACCAUUGUGGAGUGCUGCCCGGUGCUCAUCGGCCCGCCGCUCGCAGGUAAACUGGUGGACAUCACCAAGAACUACAAGUAUAUGUACCUGUGCUGCGGCGCGGUGGUGGUGCUGUCCAGCAUCUGGCUCUUCAUCGGGAACUUCAUCAACUACCGGCUGCUGGACCGCGAGCGCAAGCGGGACGAGAGUUACCGGCAGGCGGAGCGCGAGGAGCCGGAGCCCACGGAGAACACUGCAGACGCACACACAGACACAGACACACAGGCUGAGCAGCAGCUCUGCGAGAGUACAGACGGCGUCAUGCAGAGAGAAACAAACAUCUGAACAUCUAUGCAGAACACAGACUCAACACACUGCACUGCCAAAGCCAACGACCAGAGCAGGAGGAGCAGAACACACACACACACACACACACCUGCUGACGGCCUGCAGAGCUGCUGGAGCUCCAGCGCAGAAAUGCAAACACACAAUCUCAAAAACAUACACACCUACACACUCAUGCAAACAAACACACACAUGCACAUGUAAACAUAUACAAAGACACAGACACACACUCUCAAAAACACAAACAAAUGCACACAAACACACACUGAAACACACAUGCACAACACAUAAAAUGUAUACAAAUUCAAACACACACACUAACACACACACAAACACAUGCACUUAUACACAAUUUGUGUAAUCAUCCAUACUCAAACACACAGAGAUACACACCAACAUGCACACAAACAUAAUAGUACACAAAUGGACACAAGCGCACACACACACAUGCACAUGAAAACACACAAACACACUUAAGGACUACACAGUAACACACACACAGAAACAUGGACAUGUAAACGCAAACACACAAUCUCAAAAACAUACACACACACACACACUCAUGCAAACAAACACACACAUGCACAUGUAAACAUAUACAGACACAGACACAUACACACACUCUCAAAAACACAAACGCACACACUGACACACACAUGCACAGCACAUAAAAUGCAAACACACGUCUCUGAAUGUCCAGCUGUGUGUGCUUCUGAUGGUUUAGAGCCUGAUCAAAGCGUUCCUGACCAAACACACUUCUGCAGACCUUCAUCAUCAUCAUCAUCUUCAUCAUCAGCAAUACAAUCCACAGUGGGCUCAGGGGAAACGCUGCUUCUGCUUCUUUUACAGGGUCUCCUGCAACACACACACACACACACACACACACACACACACUACAGAUUUGUAUUGCCUUAAACAUAUAGAGCAAGCGUAUAUUAUUAAUAUUCCACGAUGAACUGUGUAUAGUACUGUUAUAUUUACUGUAUCUGCUGAUGUCUAUGAACUAAUCUAAUGUUUAGAUGCUAAACUAACACACAUACAGUAUCAAACAUGCGUCUUAGAUUUGAUUUAUUUCCCUGAGAAUGCAGCAUCUCACAUCUGGUUAUUUAACACAUGUUUUUAGCUGGUUUUCUUUAGUUUUCCAGCAGCAGAGGUGGAGUUAUUAAUGAUUGCAUUAUUAUUUUUACUGUAAUAAAUAGGAUCUUCAAGCCUAGGAUGAAGCAGCAUGUAAAUAACUAACACUACUGCAGGUUCUGGUUCUGUUUUGUAACAUAUGUUCAUGGUUUUGUAUGAUUUGUUGUCAGAAACACAAACAGACCAAAUGUAGUGAACUGCCACGCUCUUUAUCAUUCCUUCCACAGCAUUAUCAUCUACUUCAGAUGUAGUCUGCUGCUUUGUUUGUAGUCUUACUCAAUCAGAAGUUAGCCAAACAUGAUUUUAACACGUCUGUAUUCACUUCAGUCGUUCACAAAUGUACUCAAAUCUGAAUUAAAAACACAACUUUUGGAAACA